AUGCAGCAUAGGAUUGCAGGAGAAGGGUCGCUGCAGCCGCCUUUCUUCGUUCGUCCCAGCUUCGAGGAUUCCUUCGUCGGCGAGCAACUCCUCCGACGAAACGGCGGCCAGUCCGCUUUCGACCUCAUUUCCGACGUUACCUCUUUGCUACCCUACGCUAUGAGGAGAGCCGCCGGCGUCUCAGCCGCCGAUGACUCAUUCUUUGUCUCCGCGUCGAACUAUGCCUCAGCUAGCCCCGUCAUCUUCUUCCUUGUGUCCUCUUCCGCUGUUGCCCGACGACCCAGAGGUUCGCUCGUCUUCGGCAUCGCCUUGGCCUCCGCGACAACAAUGGACACAACUGGAGCCGUCGUCAUUUGCAUGACCCGAGGCGUAGCGCCGAUCUCCUGCUCCGUCUCUCGUUCCCCAUCUCCACCACUGUCAAGAUGCCCCUGUCCCUUUUAA